GUAAGUUUAGUGUUACCAACCUGCGGCAGCUACAUAUGUAUGUACAGCCUGCAGUACUGUACUCCGUGAACCAUGGAUGGAUUUACCCAGCAGCCCUAGGUAGCUAGGUAUACAGAGAACCCAGACGGCCCAGACAGCCCAGACCGUCAGAUUACUACAAUUACUACGUAGUACGUACCUAUUCUUAGGUUGCCAUCUCUUGUCACGGUACAUCCAAUGUUGUAUUGUACAUACAUAGUACCUACAUUCUCAAACUGCGACUUCGUUGAUAAUUUGGCCUCAUUCAAUACUUCACUAUUACUAUUGCAGCUUGCUAGCUAAUAUCAAAAAAAAAAAAAAACAAACAAGCACAUCCAUCUCUCAUCAGCCUUGUCAUUAUAUCAAUCUUUUAUUGGCUCGCUCAUUACAUACUCCAUUCUGGAACAUCAGAUCUCCAUACGCAAGUCAUCCGACAUAAGACGGGUCGUUCGUUGCCAUGUCGAAUCCGAACCAACUGUACCUUUUAGCCGACCACAUCAAACUAUCGCUGCUGGAGCGCCAGCGUGCGCAGAGCCUCAACCUUGAUGGUGAUUCGAAAGAUGGUCACAUAUCCAGGUCAUUGGAUCAGUUCCGAGAUGGUCUAGCAGGACUAGAAAAGGAACAGAAAAGACUAGAGGAGGCUGGUGAGGAAGAAGAUGCACUCACCAUCUCCGAUGCUUUGCCUGGUCUACAGAAACAAUACAGCGACCUAACAGCCCAAUUCCACGGCUUCUCUUCUCCCUCAAGCGCAUCAACCCUCACACAUCCGAACGACCCGACACUUAGUGCCGACUUCAAACACGCCACCACAUCACUAACCGACCCCCUCACUGAUGCCGCACAAGCCUCCUCCACCUCAAGCCUACGGCCCAAGGGCGUCCGCACAGCUUCCAAAACAGUACGUUUCACGGACAACCCAGCGAGCCCUGCAACCACCGAGACCGAUCUUGAAGCGCAGCUAUUCGGAGGUAGCCGGUACCGAGACAACCCCGAUGAUGGCAGUAUGGGAUACCGGGACGAGGCGUCAGGGAUGGAAAACACACAGAUUCACGCGUACCAUCAACAAAUCCUAGACCAACAAGACGCGCAGCUAGACGCGCUAGGGGUAAGCAUCGCACGGCAGCGGGAGCUUAGCAUGCAGAUCGGUGACGAGCUAGACGAGCACGUGGCUAUACUUGAUGAUGUCGACAGUGCCGUCGACCGCCAUCAAAGCCGGUUAGACCGCGCCCGCAACCAAGUCGGCCGCAUCCAGAAGGCUGCCGGCGAGAGCAGGCAGAUGAUCGCCAUCAUCACUCUCAUCAUCGUCCUAGUCCUACUUAUUGCAAUACUGAAAUAAAGCAAAUUUCAACUAAACAAAACAUAAGAAAACGAAAAAAUUACUUUGGAAUCGAACCGAGCCGGACCGGGUCUUUGAACAAAGGGGUAAUGCUUAGAGGAAGAAGAAGCGGAAAACGCGGAUAGACGGGGUUGUGAUUUGGCUAGAUUUGGCACCGAUUCCCGAAGCCCCCUUCGUUUUGUGUUGGCAUUUAUUUUUGCGGCAUGGCGUGGCAUAGCGGCGUUCGUUCUCAUAUCGCAAGGGGAAAGGGGCUCGGCAUUGGUAAUGGCUGGCUUGACCUAGUACCUCACCUACUUCCCUCUACCCCUUUUGGCUUCUUCUCUCCUUCUUGUUUCUUAAUUUUACUAUCUUAUACAUAUCAAAUCUGUAUACAAACAAACAGUUGGAUUUGGGACCGCGGACUUUUCAGUACCGACGUCUAUCCAUAUAAGCCUAAUUGGAGAAAGGGGAAGGCCGGGGAGGGAGGUGUCGUACAUGAUUACCUCUCUAUCCAAGGCUUUCCGGUGCUACUUACUGCUGCCUAGGCCGUUUUAUCUUCGCUAAUGAUGGGUGUAUGUUCUUUACAUACCUAGCUAGGUACCUACAUACCUGCACACACACACACACGCACAAAACAUACAUGCAUAACCUACCUUAUGUACAUGUCCAGUUCCGAAGAGAUGGGAUGGCGAAACUUUUGUUUGUUGGGGGAGAUGGAGAUGGAGAUGGAGA